AUGGCACUGCCGAUGCUGCCUGGCAAUUCUCUCAACAAAAACGUAAGUUUUGUGCAAUGUUUCCUGUUAAAUUACUGGAUACGUGUGAGAUUAUUUUGAUUAUUGACCCUAUCUAGCCUACUUCGCGAAUUAAGGCGAACAGAACAACACAGCGCUAGCUAGCUACACUAUGUUCCCUAGCAGCAGCGUCCAUAGAUUGUGCAAAUCUAUUGGAUUAAAAUGCAUUCCUGUUUGCUGCAAGUACGUUAAGAAAAUAAAUUGAAUAUGAUGAAUUUCUGCUAUUUCUGACAUUAUCCUCUAACCACAAACCAUAAUAUUUUCCCUGCAUUUGGCUCUUGUCUUUACUUGACUCACUUGUGACAUCCUUAUCCUCCAGUUGGGGAAAGACAAAUUCCACAAGUCCCAGCAUUUUGACUAUUCCAACGGGGUCCCUAUGAUGGUGGGCUCAGGGAAGCCAGGCAUUGGAGGGGAGUUUCUGUUGGGCCAGAAGUCUCAACUAAACUAUUCUGUCUUCCCCAAUGGAGAGGGCAGUGACACUCCCUCAUGGGUGGCCUUCGACAAGCAGGUCUGUCAUUUAACUUUUUUGUGCUUUCCAAAUAAUCCUUGAAAGGUGCAGUAGAUUACAGACUGACAGACAGACAGACAGACAGACUGCUCCAUUCUCACCAUCCCUCCCUCUCCCUCCCUCAGGUGCUGAGCUUCAAUGCGUUCUUCCAGGAGGCUGUGCCUCAGAAGCGAGAGGAGAAGUACCGUGUCAGGAAGUGUAAGAUCUAUUUCUACCUGGAAGACGACACCAUCCAGGUGGUAGAGCCUGAAUUCAAGAACAGUGGGAUACCACAAGGUGAGGUAUUUUACCCUAGGUCUUGAGCAGGUAAAUUGCUGAUCGAGAUUUACAGUUGAAGUCGGAAGUUUACAUACACCUUAGCCAAAUACAUUUAAACUCAGUUUUUCACAAUUCCUGACAUUUAAUCCUAGUAAAAAUUCCCUGUCUUAGGUCAGUUAGGAUCACCACUUAUUUUAAGAAUGUGAAAUGUCAGAAUAAUAGUAGAGAGAAUGAUUUAUUUCAGCUUUUAUUUAUUUCAUCACAUUCCCAGUGGGUCAGAAGUUUACAUACACUCAAGUAGUAUUUGGUAGCAUUGCCUUUAAAUUGUUUAACUUGGGUCAAACGUUUCGGGUAGCCUUCCACAAGCUUCCCACAAUAAGUUGGGUGAAUUUUGGCCCAUUCCUCCUGACAGAGCUGGUGUAACUGAGUCAGGUUUGUAGGCCUCCUUGCUCGCACAUGCUUUUUCAGUUCUGCCCACACAUUUUCUGUAGGAUUGUGGUCAGGGCUUUGUGAUGGCCACUCCAAUACCUUGACUUUGUUGUCCUUAAGCCAUUUUGCCACAACUUUGGAAGUAUGCUUGGGGUCAUUGUCCAUUUGGAAGACCCAUUUGCGACCAAGCCUUAACUUCCUGACUGAUGUCUUAAGAUGUUGCUUCAAUAUAUCCACAUAAUUUUCCUUCCUCAUGAUGCCAUCUAUUUUGUGAAGUGCACCAGUCCCUCCUGCAGCAAAGCACCCCCACAGCAUGAUGCUGCCACCUCCGUGCUUCACGGUUGGGAUGGUGUUCUUUGGCUUGCAAGCAUUCCCCUUUUUCCUCCAAACAUAACGAUGGUCAUUAUGGCCAAACAGUUCUAUUUUUGUUUCAUCAGACCAGAGGACAUUUCUCCAAAAAGUACGAUCUUUGUCCCCAUGUGCAGUUGCAAACCGUAGUCUGGCUUUUUUAUGGCGGUUUUGGAGCAGUGGCUUCUUCCUUGCUGAGCGGCCUUUCAGGUUAUGUCGAUAUAGGACUCGUUUUACUGUGGAUAUAGAUACUUUUGUACCUGUUUCCUCCAGCAUCUUCACAAGGUAAUUUGCUGUUGUUCUGGGAUUGAUUUGCACUUUUCGCACCAAAGUACGUUCAUCUCUAGGAGACAGAACGCGUCUCCUUCCUGAGCGGUAUGACGGCUGCGUGGUCCCAUGGUGUUUAUACUUGCGUACUAUUGUUUGUACAGAUGAACGUGGUACCUUCAGGCGUUUGGAAAUUGCUCCCAAGGAUGAACCAGAGUUGUGGAGGUCAACAUUUUUUUUUCUGAGGUCUUGGCUGAUUUCUUUUGAUUUUCUCAUGAUGUCAAGCAAAGAGGCACAGAGUUUGAAGGUAGGCCUUGAAAUACAUCCACAGGUACACCUCCAAUUGACUCAAAUUAUGUCAAUUAGCCUAUCAGAAGCUUCUAAAGCCAUGACAUCAUUUUCUGGAAUUUUCCAAGCUGUUUAAAGGCACAGUCAACUUAGUGUAUGUAAACUUCUGACCCACUGGAAUUGUGAUACAGUGAAUUAUAAGUGAAAUAAUCUGUCUGUAAACAAUUGUUGAAAGAAUUACUUGUCAUGCACAAAGUAGAUGCCCUAACCGACUUGCCAAAACUAUAGUUUGUUAACAAGAAAUUUGUGGAGUGGUUGAAAAACAAGUUUUAAUGACUCCAACCUAAGUGUAUGUAAACUUCCGACUUCAACUGUACCUGAAUUUCUACCCUAUUCAAACAGAAACCGGUACCUGCAAAAAUACAGUUGAUUACAGGAAAAGUCCUCAAUGUUAAAGGGGUUUUAAUAGAUCUUUCCUAUUUUCAGGAACGCUGAUUCGUCGUCACCGCAUCCCACUGUCCCCUCCAGAUGAUGAGCGCUUCUACACGGUGCACGACUUCAACAUCAACCAGCAGAUGGUGCUGUACUCACGCACCUUCAUGGUCACCGACUGUGAUCCCUUCACCAGAAACUUCCUCAGGAAGAUGGGGGUACGGCUCAACCCCCCCACCUCCACUCCCCUGGACCCCUACAGCAACCUACGACAAGAGGUGGGAUUAGAAAGGAGGGGGAAUGAGGGAGGGUGAAAGGGAGGAAGAGAGGGAUAACGGAGAAGGUGAUAUUAUCGAUUUAGUGGUACCAUCUUCCGUGUUGAACAUAGUGCUUUACUAUUGAUCUAAUGCCAAGGUGCUAGCCUGAGAAACAUGUCACACUGAGCAGAAACUACUCAGGCUGAUUGAUUUACAUUGUCCUCUGACAGAUAGAGCAGCUCACUGCACGGAUGCCACCUGUCAGAAAACAAUGACUGACAUCUAUUUAUCGAAUAUUAUCACAAUUACAUGACUUCUGGACAUACAGAAACUAUCUGUAGCUACCAAGCUGUAUACUGUAGACUUUAUGUUUUGAUAAUGUAUACAGUAUUAUCAAUAAUCUGUGUGUGUAUCCACAGAUGGAAAAGAGUAUGAAGCCGUUGCGUCCAUACGAGAGGCUGGACACGCUCAAGCAGUUCCUGGACCACGACCGCAAUGUACUGCGGUUCUACUGCCACUGGGACGACUCAGAGAACAUGUUCGGGGACCCACGCGAGCUCACCCUGCACUACUUUUUGGCCGAUGACACCAUAGAGAUCAGGGAGGUCAUCUACCCCAACUCAGGCCGGGAUGCCACCCCCAAGUUCCUGCACCGUAGCAAGCUGCCCAAGGUGAGAUGGGAAAUGUAGUUCAUACAAAGAUUUAGGAGCAAGCUGCCCAAGGUCACAUGAGAAAUGUAGUUCCUAGCAAGUUGCCCAAGGUGAUUUCAGACAGGACAUGGGAGCUAGCCGUGGUCCUGCCUUGGUGUGGUGUUCACUCUUAGAUGUUAUGUCCCCUAUUUAAGGAACUUUGAUCGGUUAUGGACCGGUUCCAACUGAUAUUUUGGUGUACAGAGCGCUCUGUGAACGUCGCAGGGUCCAGUGCCUUAGCAGUGGUUCCCAAACUUUUUCACUCGGGUCCUGCUUUCAUAAUUGGGGAACAUCCCGCAUGGGGUGUUGCCAUUUGAAAAGCACAUUUCCUGUUAUUCUACACAUUUUGUCAUGUCCUAUGUGUGUUCAUGUGAUAUCUGAGUGACUCAGACAUUACAACAAAUUAAAUGGGCUAAAAAACCUAGCUACAAAAUGUUAGCUGACAUGGGCUAGUUGAUCUGGACAUUCCCGACAAGUUAUAAAUAGCUCUCUAACGUCUGCAAUGACUGACAUGACAAGAGGAAAACUGCUGAUGCACUACCGAAUUUCGAAAUGUCACCUUUAGCAUUCUACUAUUACAACUUUCAAGAGUAAGUUGAAAGCGCGACUGAGUUUAAAAAUAAAUAAAUAAAUACAUGCGCCCCACAGUUUGGGAACCACUGCCUUAUAGUAGCAGAAAGCCCCAUCUGUUUGCUUUCCGCAUCACUCUGUCAGCAGAGCUGACUUGCAGGGUCAGGUUUCACACCCGACAUUUGCAUAGGGAAUGGUGUGUCACAUUUUCUGGCCAAUCCAGACAAAGAAUCGAUUUGCUCUGCCUCUGAGCGACAGAGCCCAGCCUGGGAGACGGCAUAUGAGAGGGGACAGUCUAGCGAAUCCAGCAGCUGUUUUUUUAAAUAUUGCUGUAAUAUUCUCAGCCGGAUUUAGAUCUCUCAACAUUAAAAAAUACUAAAUCAUUUCGUAGAAUUAAAACACGAUCACUUUAUUUUGGUCACAGAAGGACAAAAUCACUUUGUGCGGAAAGCUGAAGUUGUAACGAGUCUUCAGAUAUUUGAAUGUUGUCUCUGUGUCGCUCAGAGGACACAUGCUCUGUCCUCAGUUAUAUGAAAUGGGGCCAAAUUUGUACUGUCACUAAAUAUUAUUAUACUUAUUUUACAGUUAUAAGAAAGGUGAAAUAUUACAGUAAGUUGUUUAUAAUUUGAUUGUUACUCUAUUUAGAAAGCAUGUCAGUCAUUUCAAGCCUUAUCGUUAUAUGAUUUUUAAUAUUUUAAUAAUAUUUGUACUAUGUACUUGAGCUUGUGUCCUCAAAAGUGAGUAAUUUAGAACUAUUUUUACCAUAAAGGUGAGUUCCAGACCUUGCAUGCAGCAUUGCUAGUUAGUGUUUAUGGCCAUCUCAUGAACAAUUAUUACUUUUGGGUAUGUCUAUUUAGGCGGAAAUCUACAUUUUGCCAAAAUGUUCAAGAGGAAAUUAAAGGAAGGGCAGAAGAUGGGAAGUCUAAACUACCAUUGUUUCGCUGCUUUGAAUCACUUGUAUAAGGGGAGUGAUAUGUUUCGGUUGAAGUAUAGUCAAAAGAGUAAAGGUGCCUCUCUUCCUCUUCUGCUUGAAUGGCUUCGGCCUCCCUCCUUCACAGAGCUCUCAUCCACUCUGAAAGGUCUGCAGUAACGUCUAGCCUCCCUGAAGCAUCUUUCCUCAUCUCUUCUCUAGUCACUGUUCAGACACUAACUCAUCAUGAAAGAUGGCCCUUGCUCAUUCAUUCCUUUCCAGCUGUUUUCCUUUUUUUAAAUCCAGUGAUUAUCAUGCUGUUUGUUCAGUUGCCUUUCUCUAAAUGUCAUCCUCAAAGGUUGCAUCUGAACCUCCUAGCCAGUUGGACAUAACGAUUCUCCCCAGAUACAAAUUAAAUCUGUCCCUCAAGACAAAUUAUGAUGAUUUGGUCUGUCUGUGUUCUUUCUCUUUCUUCCUGUUAUGUUGCUUCCAUGCCCAAGAACCAGGAGGCAAGUACCAGCCACUCUUUGUGUGCUGUGGUUAUGGUGGUGGUUUGGUGUAGUGUGGUGUGGUUUGGUGUAGUGUGGUGUGGUUUGGUGUAGUGUGGUGUGGUUUGGUGUAGUGUGGUGUGGUUGGUGUAGUGUUUGGUUUGGUUUGGUGUUGUGUGGUUUGGUGUAGUGUGUGUGUGUGUGUAUGUGUGUGUGUGUGUGUUUUAGCUUGGCAUGCGUGUGUGUCUGUACUGUGUAAGUGUGUGUGUGUAUGUGUGUGUGCGUGUGCAUGCAUGCGUGUGUGUGUGUGUGUUUCUGACUCUUCUCUAUCGGUGUGUUUUCUCCUCUGUUGUCUCCUGCAGCAUGCUCCCAUCCCCAAGCGUCAGCCCGGGGAUAUCACAGACCGUACGGUGCUCAACGUGUUUGGUCCUAUGGGCCAGGGAGGACGCUACAUCCUGGACAGCCUCAAAGUAGGUGCUGUUGGGGAGUCUUUUUAGAGACAAAAAGUGACACAUUUGUCCAUAUUGAAUGUUAUACGGAAAAUAAGGGAUGUUGUAGAAACAGCAGUUUGGUUCCAAAUGUUUUUAUGUCUGUUUCUUUGAGUGUAAAGGGUCAUUUUGAUCCAGCAUAGUUUACUGUAAGAAGGGAGCUUACUCUCAGCUAAAGUGUCUCUCUCUCUCUCUCUCUCUCUCUCUCUCUCUCUCUCUCUCUCUCUCUCUCUCUCUCUCUCUCUCUCUCUCUCUCUCUCUCUCUCUCUCUCUCUCUCUCUCUCUCUCAAUUCAAUUCAGUUUGCUUUAUUGGCAUGACGUAACAAUGUACAUAUUGCCAAAGCUUACUUUGGAUAUUUACAAUAUUAACAUAAUUAAAAUAAUAAUAAUCAAUAUUGUCAACGGGACAACAGUAACAACAAUAACCAAGGGUCAAAAUAACCAUUGAAUAACAAUAAUAACAAUAUAGAGGACAUGUGCAGGUUGGUUGGUCUGUCAGACACUGUCCCUCAUCUUAUGGCAGGCAGCAAUGUAGUGCGCUGCCAACCCACAGCUCUCUGCGUCCUCCCCCAACAGGACGGGUAGCCUAUUCUCAUCAGAGAGGUCUUUGAAACCUUGAAGAACUGUUUCAAAUUUGGGGAAAUGACACUCUCUAAUAUCUUUGACAUUUUGUCAGGAAAUGCAGCUCUGUCUCAGGUUCUGCUGUGGUGUAGUGGUUGCACAGCCUUUCCUCUACAGGGAGCCAGGUUUUCCUGUGUCUACCCUUCUCAAUGGCAAGGCUGUGCUCACUGAGCCUGUACUUUGUCAAGGUUUUUCUAAGGUUUUGAUCAGUAACCAUGGUCAAAUAGUUAGCCACGGUGUACUGUCGAUUUAGGGCCAGAUAGCACUGCAUUUUACUUUGUGCUUGUGCUUGUGUUUCCCAAUAAGCAAUGUAGUUUUGUUUUGACUGUGUUGUAAUUUGGUUUAUUCUGAUUGAUUGGAUGUUCUGGUCCUGAGGCUUCAGUGUGUUAGUAGAACAGGUUUGUGAACUCAGCCCCAGGACCAGCUGGAUGAGGGGACUCUUUUCUUUGCUCAGCUCUUGGCAUUGCAGGGCUUGGUAAUGAUAUGAGAGGGGGUCACUGUAUUUGAGAUGUUUCCAAAACUUAAUUGCUAUUUUUUGAGUUUUUAUUAUUAGUGGAUAUUGGCCUUAUUCUGCCCUACAUGCAUUGUUUGUAGUUUUCCUCUGAACAUGUAGCAUAAUCUUACAGAACUCUGCAUGCAGGGUUUCAAUGGGGUGUUUGUCCCAUUUGGUGAAAUCUUGUUUUGCAAGUGGACCCCACUCCUCGCUGCCAUAAAGUGCAAUUGGUUCAAUGACACAUUCAAUCAAUUAUCUCUCUCUCUCUCUCUCUCUCUCUCUCUCUCUCUCUCUCUCUCUCUCUCUCUCUCUCUCUCUCUCUCUCUCUCUCUCUCUCUCUCUCUCUCUCUCUCCCUCUCUCUCUCUCCCUCUCUCUCUGUCAGACAGGUGCGGUCCAUGAGCAGUUCUAUAAGGACAGUGACCUGACUCUGGGGGGCGUGGUCAAUGUUUGGGGACGCAGGGUGAUCAUCUGUGACUGUGACAACUUCACCAAAGAGUUCUACCGCUCCAAAUACGGCAUUGGUGAGACACACACGCACGCACACACAAUGCCAUAUCCCACACCCAAGCCCAUCACCUGCAGUUGUAGUGUAUAACCACAGGGUGUCAGUAUAAGUGUAAUAAACUGUAAUUUCACUACCUUGACCAGGCAAACUCAAGUAACCCUGUUUUGCAAUGUCAAUGUUAUUUUGCUGUUUUUAGUGCCACUGUCAAGUAUUUCCCAUAAUCUGAAAACGUUUAAAAUGUACCCUUAGAUGCUCUUCAUAUCCCUAAUUCAGAUGUUGUCAUUCAGGUUUAGUGAAGGCUCAAUUUGUGACAUGCUGGAGAUUAAAAUAACAUAAUUAUAAUCAUUUUAAAUAUAUUAUUAUUAUUAUUAAAUGUGUUAUGCAAAUCUCUCCAUUGUAUCAAAACCAUGCGAGCCCUACAAUAAUCCCUGGCAAUCAAUCAAAUUGUGUUUAUAUACUAUAUGAAACAACAUUUGUCACAAAGUGUUUUACAGUGACCAGGCCUGGACCAACAAUGGUGGACUUGGGUGAUAGAGUGGCGUUUGCAGCACUGACAUUAUAGUAAACAAAGCUUUGACUCCAUAGGAGAGUCCUGAAGGCUGUGGAAGUAUAGAUUUCAGAUAUAUAACAUUUUCCAGGUGCUCAAAGUGAGGACAACAGCUCCAGGCCUAUCAGUCUCCCUGUUCCUGACCGACACUAGAUACCAAUGAUCGCCCCACCGCCGCCAGCCAUUUGGCCGCUCUGAGCGAGAAGCUUUCAAAUGAAGCCGCUAUCAGCAUCAGCAUGAUUCAUGCGCUUGUUUUUUCGGUAACAUAUCUGCCGCUUUGUGCCAUCAAAAUGGGGCCCACUAUCUGUAGAUGGGAGGGCUCUUGGUGGGGGGGGCUCUUGGGGGGGGUUCAACCAGUCUGCAGUAACUAAACUCUUGUCUGUGGGCGUUAGUCCCCCCCCCCCCCGUGUUUCUAGGCUAGGUUAGGUUAGGCUGGCUAUGGGGGGCUCCCUGUAUUAGUCACAGCCGAUCCUGGCGGGGCCUCGUCAAUGAUGGAGAGGCCUGGUGGGGACUUCAGGGGGUCAAAGGUUAUAUAGGUUACUGUUACCCCCUGUUGCCUUCUCUCUCCAUCUCUACUCUUUCUCCUUCUUUCUCCUCUCUUCCUUCAACUGUUGUUGUCUCUCUCUAUUUCUCUCUCUGCCCCCCCCCCCCCCCCUCUCUCUCUCUCUCUCUCUCUCUCUAUAUAUAUAUAUAUAUAUAUAUAUAUCUUUAUCCAUUUCUUUGUCCUCUCUCUCAGAGGACUUCAGCCCAGUACAGUACAAGGCGCCUCCGGCCCCUAAGCCCCCCAGGCCUGUACCUCCCUACAAUGGCUUUGGCUCUGAAGAGGACUCUCUGUGCUCCUGCCAGGGCCUGCUGCCCAAACCCCCCCAGAAAGACUUCCGCAAACUCAUGGAGAAAGACAGGUGAGAGUCAGGAAAGCAUCACUCAGGAGAUACUACUUAGGAUAGCUCACUCUAGUUCAAGUCAAAGUGCCAUAAGACAUUGUAGUUUGUAACUUACCUCUCAUAAGUUUUUCUCUCUUUUUUAAACUUAAUACACUCCCCUCCGUAUUUUUUUGGACAGUGAAUUAAAAUUGAUAAAUUAGGCUCUAUACUCCAGCAUUUUGGAUUUGAGAUCAAAUGUUUUAUAUGAGGCGACAGUACAUAAUGUCAACUUCUAUUUGAGGGUAUUUUCAUACUUAUCUGUUUUACCAUUUAGAAAUGAAUGCACUUUAUGUAUCUAGUCCCCCCAUUUGAAGAAGUCAUAAGUAUUUGGACAAAUUCACUUACAGUGUAUUAAUAUAGUCUAAAGUUUAGUGUUUGGUCCCAUAUUCCUAGCACAGAAUGAAUACAUCAAGCUUGUGACUACAAACCUUUGUAAAUAAGAAUAGAAGAUGUUUCUGAACGCUUCUACAUUAAUGUGGCUGCAACCGUGAUUAUGGACAAUCGUGAAUAAUGAUAAUAAUGAGUGAGAAAGUUAAAGAGGCACAAAGAUCAUACCACCCAAAAAAUGCUAACCUCCCCUGUUAUUGGUAAUGGUGAGAGGUAAGCAUUUUUUCGGGGUAUGAACUUGUGUCGCUAACUGUCUCACUCAUUAUAGAGCCACAUUUACAGAUUAUAGAACCAAAUCUACAGAGUAUAGAGCCAAAUUUACACAUUUUAGCUUCACUGUCCAAAUAAAUACUUGAAACCUUAUACCUAUUACGGUGCCUAUAUAAAGUAUUCAGCCCUUGCUCGAUUCUCCCAUUUUGGCCUUACAGCCAGCAAUUUAAAGGGGUUGUAUUGUAGACACUUGACAGUAAUAUGUAUUCUCCUUAGAUCUACUGUAAGUGUCUAGAAAUGUGUUAACUCCUCUCGCUGUGUGUGUGUGUGUGAGAGUGCCUGCCUGCUUGUCUGCGUGCUUGUGUGUGUGUGUGUGUUUCCCCCUGCCAGACAGGGCCUUGAGAGCAACGUGCUGAGGUUUAUGGGGAAGAUGGUGACUGAAAAUCCAAUCGACAGAGAUAGACUCUUCAUAAUCUCCUUCUACCUCAGUGACGACACCAUCUGUGUGUUCGAACCGCCACAGAGGAACACCGGUAGGGACCGUUUGUCUAGCUAGGACCAGGCAACCAGUAGACACUUCUAGAAUACCCAUAAGACACAAGUAGACAUACUAAUGGGUCUUACUUUCCUUCCUCUCCUCCUCCUCUCUUCUGCAGUGAAGGCAAGUGGAAGUCUCUACUUUGACAGAUUGAGAUUACUUCUUCCACAUAUUCAAACGUCCCUUAUGUGCCCCCCCCCAGGUGUGUUGGCGGGUAAGUUCCUGGAGCGUGGCAGGGUGAAGAAGCCUGGUCAGGAGCUGUUUAAGAGUGAGAUGUCCCAGUAUUUCAGUGCCCAGGACCUGUAUGUAGGAGCCAGGCUCAACCUCAACAAACAGGGCUUCCAGUUGAUCGACGCUGAUGAGUACGCCUUCAACUACAUGGAGCAACACGCUGAGGAGGUGGGAUGCACUUUCUUUCUUGUUUCUUCUCUUUUCUUCUCUUCCCCUUCCCCACUCUUCUCUUUUUUCUCUCCUCCUCUCCUCUCUCCUACUCUCCUCUCUCCUCAUCUCAUCUCAUCCUCUCCUCUCUAUCCAGUUCCCCAGGGCUAACAUGGGCUCCAUCAUCAGUAAGAUCCGCUCCAUCCCUGAGGACAAACAGAAUGAGAUUAAACAGUUCCUCACCAUCAGUGAUCCUGGAAACACUGGACUGAUCCCCUACGAACUAUUCAGGUAGUACACUCCUCUUUUUUUUUUCCUCAGAUCAAAAACAAAUCCAGAACCAAAUGAAAUUGAGGCCAGGAACUAGUGCCCCAGUACCAAGAUUUUGUAGUCACCAAACUAUGGUGUUCAUAAGCUGUUUUAUAAGCAGACCCUUGAAGCAAAUGUUUCUGGUUGUGUGUGUGUGUGUGUGUGUGUGUGUGUGUGUGUGUGUGUGUGUGUGUGUGUGUGUGUGUGUGUGUGUGUGUGUUUGCCAGAGGCCUGCUGGUGGGUCUGGAGUGUGGUCUGUCGGAGCACGAGGUGAUGAUGCUAGGUCGUUGUUUCUGUGAGCGCCAGCAGCCUGAAGCAGAAGUGGGCAUCAUGCUGGCUGUGGCUCAGGACCACCUACGCAAGAAACACUUUGAGAGCUUCUCCGACAUGACCAGAGCCUUCACACACGAGGACCAACACAGGUAAGGAGUCAUACACACACGUAAGCACAGAAAUACAGGCACAUGCUACAUGAUUGCUUCUAGGAUUAAUUUUACAUUCAGAAAGGAUGUUUGCGUGAGUGUUUCUUGACACCUUUCGGUUUUCUCAAUCACAUUAAAAUCAGCAAUUUUAAGUUUAUUCUGCCUAAGCAAGUCUGACCACAAAUCAGAGACCACUAUGAUGACACACCAAAUGCGUUUAAUGGAUUGCGGGAAAAGAGCAGGAGUAGUCUUUUGUAGGCUACAGUCAAAGCUAUGUCUUCCAAUGGUGUGACUGCUUUUGGCAUCCAAAGAUGAUCCAACUUGAAUAAACACUUGGAGGUAAGGACGACAGCAGUGGUACUUAGCCUACCUGCGAUACUGAUUUAACUUAUUAUUGAUAUCUACAUAGCGCAUUGAUGUGAAUCACAUUGCUGCUCUCUAAUGUAGCUAUUUGCGCCUUAUGGUGGUUGUUCUGGAUGGCUGUUCACAAAUGUAGAUGUGUAUUUUAACCCAAUAAUGGUUGAAUUGAAGAAUUUUAAACUGCCUAUCAAUCAUUGUUUUUGCGACCAGUGGACAGCCAGUGAAAAAUGUGCUCUUGCUGCAGUGCAGUUCCCAGUCAUAUGGAAUAAAAGGGUGUUCCUCCCUUCUAAAGUCCCUCGUGUUGUCCUCCAUAUUGUCAAAAACAAGUUUAAUUUAAGAAGACCACGAGUAGGGCUUUUAUUGCUCAAUCUAAUUAGUGCUGAUUAAGAAAUAAUAAUUCCAUAGGCCUAACGGACACAUGCUCAAACUCGCACACUUUUUGUAUGGACCUCGCUUUGUGCACAGGGGCAUUAAAUGUGAAGUGCUCCAAAAACACUUGAUUUCACCUGUGAAAUGUCACGUGAAAUGUUCCAAAAACACAUUUUCAUAUGAUUUCACAUGUGAAAUGUCACAUUUGAAGUGUUCCAAAAACACGUUUUCAAAUGUGAAAUGUUACAUUUGAAGUGUUCCAAAAACAAGUUUUCACAUGAUUUCACAUGUGAAAUGUCACGUAAGGUUUUCCAAAAACACGUUUUAACAUUAUUUCAUGUGAAAUGUCACAUUUGAAGUGUUCCAAAAGCACAUUUUCAAAUGUUACAUGUUACAUGUGAAGUGUUCCAAAAACACGUUUUCACGUUUCACAUGUGAAAUAAUGUAUCAUGAAAUUACACUGUUAGCCAUGGCUGUUAAUUUUGUGGGAAAUAUUUGUCAUUGUACAUUUCUACUGUAUUAGUGUUUUGCUAUAUAUUUAUUGUCAUUCGCAAUGCACAUGGGUAGGCACAUUUUUGGCCCAUCCUGCAAUUUAACUUGGCAUGCCUCACUUGCGAUUGUAUUUAAACUUAUAGGAUACUUUAGAUGCGCUUUUAAUGUAUUUCUACGAACUGUAUUCAGAAAUGACAAUUUUUUUCAGUGGAAUUUGGUUUACUUUCUGAAUUGACUGGAACUGACCUCAACAUUGGUUAGCACACUUGGGAUUUGAACUCACAACCUCUUGGACUCCAACAACCUGAAAUUCCUGCUUUGCCACCAGGUCUGUGGCAAUGACAGAGAUCGAUCACAGAUUUAUUGGCAAGAAUGCAUUUCUGCACUUUGCUAAAGGUUGCCCGGAAUUAAAUCAAUAAUUGUGUGAUUAUCCGACAAUACCAACGAAAAAGUAGCAGUGUUCAGGGACACUUGAUAUUAAGGCCUAGAUUCAAGCGUAAACACGCGAUAGCCGACACCUGCAUAGCUGGUGUUUUGGCAGUGACGGAGGUAUAACUACGUUACGGUACAGUGUUGUUCCCUGGUGUACAAAAAGGUAAAGAGGUACACAUAGGAACUCACAUGGUAGUGGUUGGUACCUUUUAGAGUACUUGUGCGGAUAAUCUAGUAUAAUGGUACAUUUUUCUACCCAAUAUAUUCCAUUUAAUGCUGCAUUCAUAACCAUUUGGUAGGUGGCAAUUUACCAGUUGUGAAGUCAUAAAUACCAGUUGGAUGCAUUCAUGUGCUUUCAACUUGUUGAGAAACGCUGAUUGGCUAAUGCCCAACAAGCUGCGUAAACCAUUACAUUUACAUUUUAGCAGACGCUCUUAUCCAGAGCGACUUACAGGAGCAAUUAGGGUUAAGUGCCUUGCUCAAGGGCACAUCGACAGAUUUUUAACUUAGUCGGCUUGGGGAUUAGAACCAGCGACCUUUCGGUUACUGGCACAACGCUCUUAACCACUAAGCUACCUGCCGCCCCAUCAUCUUAAAGUACAGCUAUCAUGCUUGCAAACAAAAUAUAGUGUUCAAAAACCAUAUUAAUAGAUUGCUUUUUAUUAAUAAUGUUUUGUUGUUGCAUUUAACUGCCAAAAAUGCUGUUAUAAAGGUAAUAUCCUUAGUACCGUAUUUUCCGCACUAUAAGGCGCACUUAAAAAGCCUUUCAUUUUCUCAAAAAACGACAGUGCGCCUUAUAAUCCGGAGCGCCUUAUAAAUGGAUCAAUUGGUUAAUUGGUUGAUCCAUACUGGUUGUACAGGGCGCUCAAGGCGCUCUGUCAAAAUGUUUCAGUAUGAAAAACCAAUAAAAACAAUUUAAUAAUAAUGAAAUGUUUCAGUACGACUGGUAAACUACAAAGCCGCACCGCUUGCAGCAUUACGGCUACAGUAGUCAGCAAACACCGGUACUGUGCUUACUCACAGUCCCACACCACUUGUGUGUGUAUAAAGACCCCAAAAUUGUUGUCAGAACGCUUAAUAAAGUUUGACUUUAUCUGACUGUUUUGUUGACAUUCCCUUUAGCACAGCUCCAUCUAGUGGAUGCAUAACGCAACCCCAGUCAAACGUUUGACUGCAGUAUCUUCUAUUCUAUGCGCCUUAUAAUCCGGUGCGCCCUAUAUAUGAAAACAGUUCUAAAAUAGGCCAUUCAUUGAAGGUGCGCCUUAUAAUUCGGUGCGCCUUAUAGUGCGGAAAAUACGGUAGGUGACGUCAGAGGUCAGCAUGUGGGAGAAGGGGGAGCUCAGGAUGACGGACGAGUUUCCCACUAGCAAUUACCAGUUGGAGGACCAUUCAAGUGGAUUUUUCCUAGUCGUAUGUGGUAAAUUUCCACUUUCCAUUUGGUUACGAACGCAGCAUUAAGCUAGGAAAGUCAUAAAUGUCCGACUCGCUAACUGGUUGUAGUUAAUCACUUGCCGCGUUCAAUGAAUUAGCAAGUCGGAAAUUUCAGAGUUCCGACUAGCAUGUGAAUGCGGCUAUACCGCACUUUUAAAUGUUGGUAGGGCAAUGUGCUGGCGGGGGCUCAUUAGCAUAUUUGAGGGCAUGGUCUAAAAUAUGUUGUAUUUGUGCCAACCGUCAGUCGGAAUGUUGUACCAGUUUAAGUGUUUUUUUCGUUGUGUUGUUUAAGGUUGAGCACCUCUUUUGACAUGGACAGGUCUGCAAUUUUUUAAAGAGCUAGUGACAAUCAAGCGGUGCACUCCUGUAGCUCAGUUGGUAGAGCAUGGCGCUUCCAACACCAGGGUUGUGGGUUCGAUUCCCACUGGGGGCCAGUAUGGAAAAUGUAUGCACUCAUUAACUGUAAGUCGCUCUGGAUAAGAGCUUCUGCUAAAUGACGUAAAUGUUACUGUGCAUUUUUGAGUACUUAAAUGGCAGCUGCUUCGCAGGAAGUUAAUGUUUAAUUAACGGGGGCAUUGUCAUGCUGAAACAGGAAAGGGCCUUCCCCAAACUGUUGCAACAAAGUUGGAAGCACAGAAUCGUCCAGAAUGUCAUUGUAUGUUGUAGCGUUAAGAUUUCCCUUCACUGGAACAGUUGAUAUUAUACAUUUGGGCAGGUAGCGUUUUCCUGGCAUUCGCCAAACCCAGAUUUGUCCAUUGGACUGCCAGAUGGUGCAUGAUUCAUCAAUCCAGAAAACGCAUUUCCAGUGCUCCAGAGUCCAAUGGCGGCCAGCUUUACACCACUCCAGCCGACGCUUGGCAUUGAGCAUGGUGAUCUUAGGCUUGUGUGCGGCUGCUCGGCCAUGGAAACCCAUUUAAUGAAGCUCCUGACGAACAGUUCUUGUGCUGGCGUUGCUUCCAGAAUCAGUUUAGAACUCGGUAAUGAGUGUUGCAACCGAGGGACAAGCCGAUUUUUACGCGCUACGCGCUUCAGCACUCGCCGGUCCCGUUCUGUGACCUUGUGUGGCAUUUCCACUUCACAAUAACAGCACUUCCAGUUGACUGGGGCAGCUCUAGCAGGGCAGAAAUUUGACGAACUGACUUGUUGGAAAGUUGGCUUCCUAUGACAGUGCCAAGUUGAAAGUCACUGAACUCUUCAGUAAGGCCAUUCUACUGCCAAUGUUUGUCUAUGGAGAUUGCAUGGCUGUGUGCUCGAUUUUAUACACCUGUCAGCAACGGGUGUGGCUGAAAUAGCCGAAUCCACUAAUUUGAAGGGGUGUCCACAUACUUUUGUAUAUAUUGUGUAUAUACCCCAUACCCACACACACAGAGCCACACAGGCAGUUACCGUCAUGGCCAGCCAUCAAUCAGCUGGCCAGCGGCCCCAGAUCCUUAGCUGCUUGAGUAGCAGCAAUUAGUUCCAGCAGUGUGUGAGUGGAGCAUUGGAACCAGAUGAUCCCCACAGACCUGCAUGGCAUGUAGCAGCUACACACACACACACACACACACACACACACACACGCAUACACAUACACAUACACAUACACAUACACAUACACAUACACAUACACACACACACACACACACACACACACACACACACACAGUAGACCUGUGGCAUAAAGGAAAUUGAUAGCUAGCCACGCUACAGGGUCAAUCAGCAUAGCUUGUUUAUGUGGCCAUGUAGUUACCCUGGGUUAGUUUCAGAUUUGUCUUAAAUGUCCUCCUCCUCCUCCUCCCUAUCCAAUGCCCCUGUAAUGAAGACGGUAUGUCAUAAUGUCAAGGACUGGCUCCAGACUACUCAAAAACACAGGGAAAACAACUGUGGCCUCUCACACACACAUGCACACUCACACACAUGCAUGCAUGCACUCGCGCACACACACACUCAAGCCUUUCAUCAAUGAUGAUUUCUCAUCUGUGCUUGCCUAAUAUUUGUGCUCAUCUGGUCUCCCCUGCCUAAUAUCUGUGCUCGUCUGGUCUGGUCUGUGUCUCCAGGACUGGGCAUCUCUCCACCAAGGAGGCCAGGAUCAUCUGUAAGGCCUUCCAGCUGCCACUGUCUGAGGACCUGCUGAGGGCCCUCCUCAAGAAGUAAGAAAUGACUGAGAUAGAGAGGAACUGAAAGAAAGAGGAGUAGCACAGGGAGUGAGAAGUGUGCUAAUACAAUAGUUAAUCUUUGAGAGUCCUGUGGUGUGUCCAGGUUUGAUGCAGGCUCUGAGGAGAUAGACUACCAUGCCUUCCUGGCAGGGAUCAACUGGAGAGAGAACCCUGCUCCCCCUGUCCUGCCUGACGACACCCUGAAGGUGAGAGACUCAGUGGGUUAUUUAGCAUGAGAGAGAUUUGGCACAGAGCCAGCUAAGAAGAACCAUCUGUGCGAGAGAGAUGCAGUACUAGAGCUGAUCCAGCAGAGGGGGCUAGUGAUAGUGGCAUGCUGGCAGUGGGUGUAAAUGUUGGGCACUGUUUGAAAAUCAGUCUCUUAGCGUGUGUGUGCAUGCCCGUGUGUGUGUGAGAGCUUGUGCGUCUGUGUUAUCUCUGUCAUUCUCUCUUCGUUCUCUAACAGUGUACUAUCACUGGUUCCCAGCUCCUCUCUUCCUCGCAAUGUCUAAAGCCCAAACUAGUCAGUGAUCCUCUGGUGGGCUACUCUGCCUUUCUAAACCAGCUCCACGGACGCACGUGAGAGGAGUGACAAUGGCUGCCGUGACUUUGCGUCUUCACGUCCUCACAUUUCUGUCUCAAUGUGAUGACAUCAGAAGAGUUGCCUAAUUCUGCUUGAGGACUUGCUUUGUGUUGAUUGGCCCAUCAUCCAGGCUCUGUUAUUUUCCUGAUUGUCUUCUGCUGAUGCCUGGCAUUUACCUGUAUCCGCCUUGGACUCUUGUCUCUGUGGAGCACACUGUUUGAACAAUAAUUCACGUUUUUUUUACCACUAACACUGCACUAUUUUAAAGCCAAUGCUGUCAUGUUUUGUGAAUGUAUUUGGUGUGCAUAACCCAUGUCUACCUCUAAGUUCAGGGAUGUUACUUUAGUGUGUCAGUGAUUUCAUUUUGUACAUCUAACCUUUAUUUAACCAAGCAAGUAAACUGUCAUCCUCAAUGAGGGCCUAGUCCAGUCCAGUGUGUUCUCUUGUCUUGUCUUGUCUUGAGCCCUUUUUCCUGCUGUUGUUGAAUUUAAUCAACUUCAUUGAUUGUCCACAGUUUAACGUGGACUGGAGCAGGGAGGCCAGGGGCCCAGAGGUGAAGAGCAUUAACUACUCUGUUCUUCUGGAAGACGUGUUCGGUAGUGUCAACAUCAACACCGACCCAACACUCUAACCAACCCAACAUACACACACACACAACACAGGGACAGAGAGAUGGAGAGGAGUACCACCAGAUCAUCAGCCUAUGAACUCAAUCACCUCACUGCUCCCUGUGUAUAUUUUCCACUUGCAAUUAUAGAACAUGGAUUACAUUUGCAACCAAACGUGUUUUUAACGUGUGGGAAACGGUGUGUGUACAUUUGAAUUGUGUUAUGUGUAAAACAAAGACCCUUAAAACAGUAUG